AAUCGUAAGGUUUUAAGCUUUAAAACACGAUUUGGACUGCAUUGCUUACCAAUACCAUUACUUUCCUUAAUGAACAUUAGGAUUUGAAAGAUCAUUGUUGAAUCAAUAUGGAGCCGCACUCUUCUAUAAUCCUUUUUCCAAGCUAAUUGCAAUCACUCAAUGGCACAUUUGAUCUCAGAUCGCUUAAUGUAGACAACCAAGGUUAGCCAUAAAAGCAUUUAAAUAUUAUUCCAAAACGAUCACGUAUCAAUCCUCCCGAUGUCAUUCUUAGUCUAACUACUUCAUUGAACCGUCCAUGUUGAUCACAACUCAACCCAUCAGUAGCGGAGACCAGGAUAAUUCGCAGUAAGUCUUACUCUAUUGCACUAUAUGUAACUAUUUAUCAUUCUCUUAUUAUUUGAUAAUGGUUUUUCUCCAUCUCUGGAUUCACUAAAAUUUGAGAUAUCAUUAUGAGAUCCAUGGCACGGGCAAACCAACUCCCGAAAUCACUGGCAUUCGACAAUGUAAUGCAAUUUAAAUGUGUGGACUCCGAUAACAAUCAACCACUCAAUGUUUGGACUCAUUUGACGGUGGGUCUCGAAGAGAUGCCAACUCAAUACUAUUUUAGAGUGAGUGAUCUAGAAGUAAACCCUAACAGCAAUACAGUCAAUCCCUUACCACUGCCAAACCCCAAUUGUGGAAAAGGUUGUAUGGUCAUUACAACAACAUUGCCAGUCGCUAGAAUAAAUGAAUUAGACAUCCAUGAUGGACAUGAAAAAUAACAAAGUUCUAAGCAUAAUCAAGUGUGAAUCUAAGAUUAUAAAUAUAUUGACCUACCAUAGCACCAUCAAACCAUAUUUCCCAUCUGCCUUAUCAAGGAUCUUCAAACUAAUUACAAGAAUCCACUCGUCCCAACAUGACCUAUUUGACAAAUGCAACUCUUAACUUGAAGGACAAAUCGUGCUCUGGAAGUUAAACAAAAUGGAACCAACUUCAGACUUGAAAUGGAUUAGUAUGUCAUAUUCAAUUCAUAAAAGAAGGCAAUGAUAUUGUAUUCAUUUAUCAGAUUACAUUGGAGGCAAUGUCAUUUAAUCUGCUGCUGAACCCCGUAAUAAUUGAUUGCUGAACUCGAUGAAUAAUCUUUAUAUUUCACUCUUUAGCUUGACUUCUGUUACACUUGUUCUAAAACUUAUGAAUGAUCUCCAAGAUUGGGUUCUUGACAUUGCUAAUUGAUUUGGUAAACUUGUUUUCUGCUACCGAUAUCCUCACAUUUGGUUGCAACAUUUCUCAAGUUUUGUGAAUGAGCCGUUAAGAGCGAGUAUUUGACAUUGCUAUGAACUCAUAUUGACUACUAAUAACUUGUCUACUAUUGUCUGGUAUGCCCUUGAUUGAAAUGUUGGGAUUGUUGUCCUCUUGCUUUCUUUCAAGCAACUUGUCCAUGAUUAUGAAAAUCCAAGCGAUACUAGUUCAUUGACUUGUUUUAAUUGAUCCUUAGGUAACACGGGAAGUAGAAAUAACAAAUAAAGGGGCACUCACACUCGCAUUCUAUGGUCGACUGAGAUUUAUUAGGGAGAAGCUUUCAUUACUACUUGAACGAAGUAGAUGAUUUUUGUCUGAAACUGUGGUUCCCACAAAUAGAGAUGCACACAGCUUACACCGUCAUCCAUAAUGAGUAGCUGAGAUGCCGCACAUGAUGACUCCUUGUAGUCGUGUGCACCAUUCAAUUGUCAGUCUGAUGAUUCACAACCGUGUGAGUUUUUAACAUUACAAGAAAAGAACCUAAAAGUGUGAUGAUAUGAGGUGUGUUUCAGGUAAUGUGGCUAAUGCUAUAUUCAGUUUCAGGCAUGCAACUUAAGGAACUUUCUUUGGAGGGAGGUUGCAAAAGAUAACAUUGUUCAUAUGCCAUGGGGUUUAUGGUUGUGGCUAUUGAUUUGAGAAGGAAAGUGUAAUUCACAAAAGUACAUGUUCUUUGUAUUUGGUUAGUUUUUCAUUGGGAGUUGAUUUCUUUUGGGUGUGUAGUCCAUUUUGGUUACUUGUGUCAAAUGUGUAUAAUUACUAGGGUACCAUAUCACGAGCUUGUGUAGUUGCACACAAAGAAGGAUUUAAAGCCUUGGUAUAAGAGACCCUAGAAAUAAGAGAAAAUUGUAUUGGAGUAUAUUCUAACCUCUCCUUUUAGUCGAGCUUUUAGCUCGUACUGCUCACAUUCCUAGAUCUUCAAAACACCUCCUCUGCCAUGGUGUGAUGGAAUGAAAUUUGAUUAGAUCUACCCUAACAACAUGAUUGUUGAAAUGAAAUUAUUGUUUGACAUUAUCUUAAAGUCUUCAAUAAUUGAAAUGUUGUUAUUAUCCUAUCAGGAUAAAUCUGAGUACCGAUAUUUGAUGCAAGUACAAUGAGGACCAUCUAAUUCUGUAAGUCCAUAAUUAGGGCCCUCCUUUCUCCCAACCGGGUACGUUGGGCUUAAAUAGGGGCUUUCCUUUUCAUACUGGGUUUCAGAAACGUAGGUCCUGAGUCCUGCCCAAUUAAAGAAAGGAGAAGCCCAACAAGGGGGCUAUAUAUUCAUUUUCCCGUCCAGGCUACAGCAGUUGUACGAAAGAUCUCGCAGCCAGCCCCAUUCAAAUCGUCAAUCCAAACCAAGCAAGCACAUCGCGCAAUCGCCAUUUUCGCAGCCAUAUCUCGCUUUCCGACCGCCACCAUCGAACUCAACAUGGAAGAUAGCUUUCGAGUUCGAGUCGACAAAGUCUUCGGCUCACUCACCUCCUCCAACUCCGCCGAUAACCUACCGGCGCCUACUUCAGCCUCCCUCCGUUCUCUCUGGUCGCUCACUGACGAGGAAAUCGAGCGGAGCCGAUGGAGGAAGGUCGAGAGCAACGGCGAUGACGAGGAAGACGAUGAUACAGAGUCGCUCUCGUUAUCGAGAGGAUUCCUUGCCCCGAAAGAAUCCAAAGCAGGUCUAUCCCGCUCGGAGACAAGCUUCCGGCGUCAGAUUGAAACAGACCUGGAUGACCUAGAUGACCAGGUUCAGGAUGAUGAUGACGAUGAGAAGAAGUCCUUUGAGCAAAGGCCUGACGAUUACAACGAAGAAGAAUGGGAAAUUAAGAACUCCAUUGGCCGUGACUGCACUCUCGAUUUUGAGGAAGAGGAAGACCAAUUCGACAAGGUGGCCGUGGGCAGGGAAAAGUCUGAAGAUCGCGUGUAUCUGAAGGAUUUGAGCAAGAAUGAAUAUGAAAUUGACACAGGUCCUUCUAGUUCAUUGGAAGAUGCCUUAGCUAGGGACCGCCGGGCCAAUCACAACGCUGCUAAACUCAGGCUGAAGGAGGACGACGAAUCAGCAGCUCGAAAGAUCGACUCUUUGACCGUUUCAGACAAUGAAUCAGCACCACCCAACAAAACUUCCCUCCAGGACUGCAACCUCAAAUCCAUUCUCAAGAGGAAGGAUGAUCAGGCUGUUGAUGAUUCCAAGUCGUUACAGAAACGUGUUAGAUUCGGCCAUGAAUGCAAUACUGGCGAGAAGGAAACUGAGGAUACAGCUAUGGAAGCCGAUUUGGAAGAUCCCCUGGUAUACCGAAUGCCAAAAAAUUAUCCUUCUGGAAUCCCGGACUACAUGAGAAACCCUACGAAAUACACCAAGUACACCUUUGAAUCGUCUGAUGUUGAUGAAGGAACCAACAGACAAGCGUACAUGGACUUUCUGAAGCUAAUCAAGAAGUCGGAACCUGGACCAGAAGUAGAUGAAUCCAUUCGUGGCGAUCCUCCCAAGUCAGUUCCCUUUGUGCCCAGGAAGAAGGAGAACAAUGCGGAUGAUUGGAAGUGCAAGCAGGAGGAAGGUGGCGGCGGGAAGAAGGGUGUAAAUGUUGUGAUAGCAGCAGCUGAUGAUCUGGAAGGUGGUGAAGAAAGCUGUGCUAUGGAUGAGGACGAAGCAGAAGUGGGAGCUCAACAGCGAAAUGGUGGUUCAGGGUCAGGUAGGCCAGGUCGUAGGUAUAGAAUGAAGGGUAAGUUGGAAGUAGAUGAGUAGAGAAUACCACCAGCGACCUAGUGUAGACAUAUGGUUGUUGUGUAAUGCCAAGUGUUUGGAACUCCGUUCCAUGAUAGGUUGUAUUUUUCUUGCCAGUGUUGCACUUUCUUUUUACUUACAUGCUUCAAACGAUAACAAUGGAAAGAAGAGUUUGUGAAACAUAUUGUAGUAAAAUAUCACAUGCCCU